AUGCAAGAUGAAGAAAAAAUGGUAUAUCUACUACGUGGAUUGAAGCCGUCCAUACAGCAGCACGUAAUAAUUAAUAAUCCAAAACAAUGGGAAGAUCUGCUGGAACAAGCAAAACGGGUAGAAGCAGCAUCCGCAAUCAUGCAACUACAACCACCAAUCGCGACCACAACAACAACAGAUUCCAUCGAAGAAACGACGGCAGCUCUCCGUCGAAGGAUAAUUAAGUCCGACGAUCGUCAAAAUGACUAUGCUAGCCGCAAUAAUCAACGCUAUUCCAAUAGUGACCGUCGAUGGCCACAACAAUAUUCCAACAAUAAUUAUUCGCGUCAACGAAAUCAAGACAACAGCAGACGAUUCUUCUGCCAUAAUUGUAACGGAAUAGGUCAUUAUGCAUAUCAAUGUCCGAGUCAUUUAAACUAA